UUUAUUCGUGAAGCAGGAAGCUGAUGUCUUGUAUUUGGGCGUGAAGAGUCCAAUGACUGUUCAGGGGAAUAAAUACGUGUAGAUAAACUCACCAGAAAUUGAACAACGCCAAAUUCUAAUUUCGUAUACAAUUCAACGACAACAUUUCUCGUCGGGGACCAUAAUAACUGCUGCAUGGUCGGAGGUGACUUGCCUGAAGAUGGCCCUGGAUGAGAGAGCACGGGCUUGUCUGCUGAAGUCCCGCCACAAACUGGAGGAGAUCAUGAAGCCGGCCUACCUGAUGGACCACAUGAUCAGUGAUGAAGCCAUCACAGUCGAGGAAGAGGACAUGAUCGCUAAUCAGAACACCAAGAGGGAACAAGCCGCAGCUUUGGUUGACCUCCUGCUGAAAAAAGACAAUUACAGCUUCAGAUCUUUCUACAACGCUCUGCUUAAAGAAGAAUAUGACGAGUUGGCCAAUCUGCUGAAAGAGGAUCUACCGCUGACCCAGUUUACCAGCAGCUCUCAGUGUCCUGUCCAGACUGUGCUGAGUGAAGGAGGCGUACCCCCAAGACCAGAGGCCUUUGUCCACAGGCCAAAAGAGGAGAAUGAAAUCAGGGAGAAGCUCUACAAACUUCAGAAGCAACCUGGUUGGGUUACAGUCUUUGGCAUGGCUGGUUCGGGAAAGUCUGUACUUGCUUCUGAGGCUGUCAGACACAAAGAACUCAUCGAAGAGUGUUUCCCUGAAGGCAUCCACUGGGUGUCCAUUGGCCGAUUGGAUAAACCUGACCUGCUGGCUAAGAUCCAGACUUUGUGUUUUCGUUUGGAACAGAACCUGGAUUCACAGCAGUUCCACCGGCCCCCCAGCACUCUGGAUGAGGCCAAGGAACGUUUGCGCUUCCUCAUGAUCCGAAAAUAUACCAGGACUCUGCUGAUUCUUGACGACGUCUGGGACAGCACGGUGCUGAAGGCCGUUGAUAUCCACUGUCGGAUUCUUCUGACCACCAGAAACCGGUCCCUUGCUGAUGUUGUUAAUGGUAGUAAACACGAGGUGGAGGUGAACUCUGGCUUGGAUGAGGACAAAGCGCUGGAGAUUCUUUCUCAGCUGUCCAAAAUUGAGAUGUAUAGGCUUCCUGAGGAAGCUCUAAGCAUCGUCAAAAAAUGCCAAGGCUCUCCUCUGGCGGUGUCCAUGAUCGGCUCUCUGCUCAGGGAGAAUCCUGACCGUUGGGGUUAUUACCUCAGACAGCUAGAGAAAAAACAGUUCCGGCGUAUCAGGAAGUCAAGUUCCUAUAACUACGAGGCUUUGGAUCAGGCUAUUGCUGCAGGCAUUGAAGACUUGUCUGAUGACUACAGAGAUCUCUACAACCUCCUGACUGUUCUACACAAGGACGUCAAAGUCACUGCCAAGAUGAUGUCUGUUUUAUGGGGUCAGGAUCAAGUGGACACUGAGGACACCCUCUCAGAAUUUGUCAACAGAGCCAUGCUUUUUGUGGACUCUCAGUCCCAACCCAACGUUUUCUACCUCCAUGACCUUCAGCUGGAUUUUUUAUUGGAGCAGAAUAAAAACCAGUUAAAGAGCCUUCACAAAAAGAUGGUGGAACGUUACCAGCACCGCUACAAAGACAGGCCUCUGACCUCAAGAGAUGAGGAGUCUCUUUACUGGAUCCGAUACUUGGCUUACCAUAUGGCCAAUGCUAACCUUUUCCAGGAGCUGCACUCCCUCUUGUUCUCCCUGGACUGGAUCAGCGUGAAGGGGCAGAUAAUGGGUCCGGCCCACCUGAUUAAUGACUAUCUGGAGUAUGGAUCCAUUCUGGACAAAGAGAACAAUGAAAUGUGCAGUGAGUUCCAGGAGUUUCUGUCCCUGAGUGGCCACUACCUGGAGCAGCGUCCUUUCCCCGACAUCGUCCAGCUCGCUCUCUCUCAGCCCCACACCUCAGAGGUUUACAGACAAGCUCGGCUGCUGGCACAGGAGAGGGCCAAAGACGGGAAGCUCUACUUUGACCUCAUAAACGAGACCAGCGUAGACAGUCUGUCCCGCUUGGUGAUUCAUCCUCAUCAAGGCUCUCUGUAUGCUUGUUUCUCAAACGAUGGAACAAAAAUCGCCUCGUGUGGAGCUACUAAGAACCUCAAGGUUUUUAAAUCGACUUCAGGAGAGAAACUUUCAGAGUUUGAGCUCCGUGAUGAAGUGGUCUGCUGUGCCUUCUCCCCUGAUGACAGCCUGCUGGCAGUCUGCUCAAGUGGAAGGACAAUCCAGGUGUGGAACGUCCAUCAAGUGAAGUUACUGAGGACCUUUCAGGAGGAGCAUAAAGAGCAGAUAAACCACUGUGUUUUUACCAACACUACGCGGCGCCUCCUGCUGGCCACCUGCUCCAACGACCAAAUGGGAAACGCCAAGCUGUGGAAUCUUAACAAGCCUACCUGUCAAAACACAAUAUUUGGCCACUUUGAACCAGUCAACCACUGCUGUUUCUCCCCUGAUGAUAAUUAUGUGUCCACCUCGUCCAAUGAUGGUACUGUGAAGCUGUUUGAAGCCACAUCUGGGAACAUCUGGAAGUCAAUCGAUGUGAGAGGCAUGUUUAAAGACCCGGAUAAUGACGACGAGGUGGCCGUCAGGUGCAGCAGCUGGACAGCUGAUGGCAAACGCAUCCUGUGUGCUGCCAGGAACGCUGCUUUGAUGUUUGAUGUGGAAACGUCAGACUUGCUUUUGGAGAUCAGGCCCAGUUUUCUCAGCACGGUUCUACAUUGUGACGUCUGUCCUACUAGUAACCUGCUUGCUAUGGCACUUUCUAACUAUGCUGUGGAGCUUUGGGAUAUUGAAGAGAAUGCAAAGAAGGCGGAUUGCAGCGGUCAUCUCAGUUGGGUGGAGCGUGUGCAGUUCUCCCGUGACGGCUCUCAGAUGCUCUCCUGCUCGGAUGAUGAAACUAUCAGGUUGUGGGAGACUAAAAAGCUCCACAUGACCUCGGCGGUCUUCCUGAAGAGAAACACAGACGUUUUGUUCAAUGAUGACAACAUUUUCGUGUCGGCUCCGGACCACUGCAACAGACUGCAGGUUCGUGACGGCAGAACUGGAGACACGUUGCUGCAAUCUGAGAAGAAGCCGUCCAGGAUCCGCUGUACCUGUCUGCUCAGGGAUCUGUCUGUGGUGGCCCUGGGCCAAGAGGACGGGACUGUGCAGGUGUUGGCAGUGCCCUCUGCGAAGCCUCUAGCCACCCUGUUGGGUCACACCAAGACUGUGCUUCACUGCCAGUUCACCCACUACGGCCAAACGCUCAUCACAUCAUCUGAGGACUGCACCAUAAGGGUGUGGAAUUUGCCGUCGGGUGAAUGUAAAGUCCUUCAGGGUCACAAAGAGCAAGUCAGAUGCUUCGCUCUGCUCUCCCCAUCUUCCAAUGACUCCAGACUGCUGUCCUGGUCGUUCGACGGUACCGUCAAGGUGUGGAACACGGAAAGCGGACAGAAGCUGCAGGACAUCGACGCUCACGGGGGAGCCAUCCUGUCCUGUCAUGUCUCACCAGACGGAAGACUGUUUGCUACCUCCUCUGCUGACAGGACCGCUAAGUUGUGGCACUGUGAGGCCUGGCAGUGUACCUUCACCCUGACGGGGCACCAGGAAUGCGUCCGAAGCUGCAGAUUCUCGUGGGACAGCGAAUGCCUCGCGACAGGAGACGACAACGGGGAGAUCCGGCUCUGGAAUGUCAAUGACGGUUCGCUUCUGAGGAUUUGUUCCCGAGAAGUGAAGGACAGCAUGGACUCCUUCCACGGAGGCUGGGUGACUGAUCUGCACUUCUCUCCGGACAACUCUCUUCUGGUCUCAGCUGGAGGCUAUAUCAAGUGGUGGGACGUGAAGGACGGGGUCGCCCUGCAGACCUUCUACCCAAAGGGAAACACUCUGAGGAAGAUCCACGUGUCGUCAGACUUCUCCACCUUCGUCACCGUCGACAGCAUCGGCAUCCUCUACGUCCUGCAGAGAGUACCUUGACCACCGUGCUGCCAGCGGACCUCCACUCCGGGUGCAGAGGCAGAAUCGGCUCCCUAAAGCAAAACUGCAGUUUUUGUUUGUAGACCAACUGUGAAGCAUGAAGCAAACCUUAACGCUUAAAAGUAGCUUUUAUGUUCUCAGUUUGAAAUAGAAUAAAGUGGAGAGGAAUUCAGAAAAAACAGCAAUCCCUCCUCAUCAGGAGAAACAGAAAAUGCACAUUAAGACAAUACAUUUACUUCAAACUGCAGUUGAUUUACACCUCAGAAGUAUUGAAGUUUGUAUCACCUGUGGUGUCUUUUUUUUUUGGAAUUUGGGGCUGAAUCUUUCUUAUAACGGCCCUUUUUUAACUGUAGCUUUAAACAGCAUGACUGUGUAAAUUAGGGACUCUCAUCAGCAUCUAUUGAUGCAGUGUAAAAACACAGAGUUAAAGUUUCACAGUACAAAUGUUUUUUAUUCAAGCCUGUGAAACUAUCUGCACUUCUAAAAUAUUUCUGCUUUUGAACCAAUUCAGUGGUGAAGGUUGUCUUGAUGUAUAAUGAAUGAUCCUGUUUAUACUUGUGCUUUAUCAGCUGCCUUGCCAGCGCUGCGUCCGACUUUUAUAUGAAUAUAUAUUUUUUACUUUAUUCAUUUGUUGUUUUACUACUGAGCUUUAUCUAAUCUCGUUAUGAGUCCCACUCUUCAAGGAAGCUUUUGUACAAAUGUGGCUUUGAUGAGAGGCUUACACUACUUUUAUUCAUAUUUAUAUGUCUGAUGAAAUCCGUCAAACCCGCACAAAGUCGAUCGACGUGAACUUCUGUGAACAAAAGCUGGCAUUGUUUGGUGCUGACUUUCUCCUCUCGGUGCUGUAAAAUUUGCUCAGGAUUUAUUGAAACUGGUAUUUGAUGUGCGACAGAUGUGUUUUAUACAGAAUAAAACAUUUGCUGUCAUUUAUUUUCAUAUAUUGUGUAAUAUCUGCUACAUUUAUAUAAUAAUUACUAUUGUAAUGACUGUUAUUCUUGUCCAUUUUACUAAUUUAAUAUCCCUAAAACAAAUUAUAAUUUAAUGAAAAAAAUUGGUUUCUAAAAAUAA